AGCAGCCCGACGGAGCUGCCUGCCGAUCCGUUCAGUGUCCAAGAUAUCGCUAGGCAGAGCAGACACGUUCUCUGUGUGGUCAAGUGUUGUCGUGAAAGUGUUAAGUGUGUAACGCCAAACUGUACGCCCAAAGGGAAGACGAUAUGCUUACGAUGGAGACGGACCUGAAGGGGGGCCUGCUGGCCCCUCACCACCACGGUCAUUCGGUAUCCUCAUACGGUAGUUUGGGUUCUUUGGUGCACGGUAACGUGAUGGGACAACCGCCUCCUCCGCCCCCUCAGUCGCUGCAUCAACAGCACCAGCUGGUCCAGCCGCAGCAGCAACACCCUCACCACCAACAGAACAAUAAUAACAACAAUACGAGUAAGAACAGUAACAUGGACCGGGUGAAGAGGCCGAUGAACGCUUUCAUGGUCUGGUCCAGAGGCCAAAGGCGGAAGAUGGCCCAAGAAAAUCCCAAAAUGCACAAUUCGGAAAUUUCGAAACGGCUGGGUGCGGAGUGGAAGUUGUUGAGCGAAUCCGAGAAAAGGCCGUUUAUCGACGAGGCGAAAAGGUUGCGCGCCGUCCAUAUGAAGGAGCACCCGGAUUAUAAAUACCGGCCGAGGAGGAAAACGAAGACGCUAUUGAAGAAGGACAAAUAUCCGUUGACGGCGGGUUCUCUACUGCCGAACAACAGUGUCGAACAGCGAGGACAGUCCAACAACGGAGGAGUACAACAAGUAGUGAACAGGGAAAUGUACCAAAUGCCCAACGGCUACAUGCCGAACGGAUACAUGAUGCCUCACGACCCUUCCGCUUACCAGCAGCAUUCGGCGUACGGGAGCCACAUGACGCCCGGUUACCCCAGGUACGACAUGAGCCAGAUGCACCCGGGUUCGGCGUACAUGAACGGCGGUUCGUACGGGAUGUAUGGAACGACCGGGACGGGCGGAGCCUCACCUUACCACUCGAGCAUGCAGCAGAACAGCCCCGGAGGGAGCAGCAUCAAAUCGGAACCCGUAUCGCCGUCUUCGGGCGGUAUCCACACGCCGACGCCUCAGCCGCCGCUAGUCGGUUCGGGCAUCAAGCGGGAAUACGUACCGACGGGAGGGACCGGCGACCUGAGACAAAUGAUCUCUAUGUACCUGCCCUCGGAUCCCAACAACUCCGUCGACCCUCAUCAGCAGAACGCCAGGCUAUCUCACCUUCACUCCGGAUAUCCCACGGGUUCGCCCGAUCCGCUGGCGUUAUCCCAUAUGUAGGGACAGGACUGCCGCUUCCAGCAGCAAUUCGACUACAAUUUGUGAUCCAUCUCUUUCUGUGCCAACUUGCCUGUAAGCGGCUGUCUCACACUGUGUACAUAAUAGGGUUAAGUUACCUAGUGAUCCACGAUCGACAGAGAGAUUUUAUAACAAACCACUAAAGACCACACUAUGUCAUCAACACAUCAUCCAGUUGUUUGUCUGGUAAAUAUAAAUUUAAUUCUUUUACGUAUUAAUUAAUUGCGUAAAUCGUAAAAUAGUUGCUUUUUAGUGGUUUGAUAUUCAAAAAGAAUAAUGGACGAUGAACAUUUACCCGGAAAAUAAAAUAAUAUUUCUGUGUGCUCAAGGAUUCUAGGUGUUUGUAAAUAUAUCGCGUUAAGUUAUAAAAUAAAAAUAUAUAGAUUAAAGUAUAUAUAUAUAUAUAUAUAUAUAUUAUAUAUAUAUGUUUAAAACAAAGUAGGCCAUAUUUCGUUAUCUUGUCCGUUGGAAACCGAAAACGAGUGAUUUAUUUUACAACAAGCUUUAAAACAGUACAAAUUUUAAUCAUAUAGAACAUGACGUUGGGUAAAUUUUUAUUUUGUGCGAUUACAAAUUUUUUCAAAUGGUACCUUAAGUGCCGUCACUUGCAAUAAUGUUACAAAUUAAAAAGUAAAUUAUGUAAAAUGAGCAUCGUUGGAAGUUCGAUCUAUUAAUAGUUUGUACGUAAUUCUUAAUAAUUGUCAUAGUAAAAUUUUUUUAUAUAUAUAUUUUUUAAUUUCUCACGUCGUUUAAAAUUGUAGUUAACAUUUGGCCUGUUGUUGUUUUUCUUUUUUUUUACAACUUGUUAACUGGUUUUGCAUUCGGGCUGAAAGUAUACGACAAAACAUUGAUAAAUAUUUAAAAAAAAUCUGUUUAUAUGUAUCAAGUUUAUUUUUUAUUGUCAAUUGUUUUUGAAAUUGUAUAAUUUAUAAAUAUUUGUACGGUAACCUACCUGGGGAUAAUUGUCCUCGUGAUUUUUGUAAUUUAUUGAAUAAACAAAAAAAAUAUUUAAAUACAAUUCAUUUGUAUAGUGUAUAAUGGCGCUAUUUCAUUAUUUGUUAUUAAUUUUCAUUUUUUUUAAAUGUACAAAUCAAAUUUUCCUAUGCUAUUUAUGUACAGUGAGUGUCAUAUAGUCAUUGGCUAUAAUUAUGUGAAUAUAUUAUAAAUAAGUUUAUAAUGUC